CUUUGGGAAGUCUACAGUGACAGGAGGUGCUUACGGACAUUUAUUGGUCACAGUAAGGCAGUGCGUGACAUCUGCUUCAACAACGCUGGAACUCAAUUCCUCAGUGCAGGUUACGAUCGCUACCUCAAGCUGUGGGACUCUGAGACAGGUCAGUGCAUCUCCAGGUUCACUAACAGGAAAGUCCCCUACUGUAUAAAGUUUAACCCAGAUGAGGACAAACAAAACCUGUUUGUUGCUAGAAUGUCGGACAAGAAGAUUGUGCAGUGGGACAUCCGCUCUGGGGAGGUGGUGCAGGAGUACGACCACCACCUGGGAGCCGUCAACACCAUCACGUUUGUGGACGAGAACCGCCGCUUCGUCAGCACCUCCGAUGACAACUUGCGCGUGUGGGAGUGGGACAUUCCAGUGGAUUUCAAGUACAUUGCGGAGCUCAGUAUGCAUUCGAUGCCUGCGGUGACGUUAUCACCCAGUGGCAAAUGGCUAGCCUGUCAGUCCAUGGAUAAUCAGAUCCUGAUAUUCGGAGCCCAGAAUCGGUUCAGGCUCAGCAAGAAGAAAGUGUUUAAGGGCCACAUGGUUGCCGGGUAUGCCUGCCAGGUGGACUUCUCUCCCAAUAUGAGUCAUGUGGUGUCUGGUGAUGCUGACGGGAAGCUGAACAUCUGGGACUGGAAGACCACCAAGCUGUACCACCGAAUCAAGGCACACGACAAGGUGUGCAUCAGCGCCCUCUGGCACCCCCACGAGACCUCCAAGGUCAUCACCUGCGGCUGGGACGGACAAAUCAAACUCUGGGACUAACAAGACAAGAGGGGAAAGGAAGGGGCAGAGCCGGUGGAAGAGUGAGCCUCAACAGCAGAGGGAGGAGACAGUCAGGUUGCUCCAUUCAACCCCCCACCAUGGUCUUUGCUCAGCUGAGCAGCUUUAGCGUCUGCUCCUUAGUAGAGAGAGGCUCAGUUCUCCAACCCUUGCUGUUUCACUGAUGUAUUUUAUAUUCUAGGCUUUGCUCAGUGCUGUGUGUGAAUACUGAAGUUUAUGGACUGGCAUCCAGUCCUGAUUUCUAGUGUAAUUCCCCGCCCCCCC